UUCCUACUGAACAGCUGUGUGUGUCUAUGAAAGGGUGGAGGGCCCUGAAAAAGGGGAAGGAAGAGAAAUUAUAUUCUCACAGUACAGUAUGUGCUUUUACUUCACACAUUGAUGUAUGGACUCUGAUGGACAGCUCUCAAGUUUUUUCUCCUAGUUUAUUGCCUGAGUGACAGUAAGUGCGAAGUGUCAUUGUCAAUCUCGCCUUUCUCCUUGUGGCUGACAGUGACAUCAACACCCUCGCACUUGUCAGUUUGCCUGCAUCUGUACUUGUGGAAUGAUGACUGAGCUCAGGAUGGCUAACAAUUCCUUAUUGGAUGGACUGCUCAACAGUCCCCACAGUAAGCCUUUUCUCAAGAGACGAUGCCUCAGUGAUACCUCGGACCUGUUUGCCAUGAUCGAGAGGAUGCAGGGUUGCAGAAUGGAUGAGCAACGAUGCCCCCUCCCCCCCCCCCUCAAAACAGAAGAGGACUACAUUCCUUAUCCCAGCGUUCAUGAGGUUCUGGGUCGCACUAGCCCUUUUCCACUCAUCCUGCUGCCCCAGUUUGGAGGCUACUGGAUCGAGGGGACCAAUCAUGAGCCUAAAGACGCACCAGAAGCAGAUAAACCCCCCUGUCCUACCUCCCACAUCAAACUGGAGACAAACAGCACUGCUAAGAUAUACAGAAAGCAUUUCAUGGGCAAGGAACACUUUAAUUAUUACACCAUGGAUGCUGCCCUGGGCCACUUGGUAUUUUCCAUGAAAUAUGAUGUCAUUGGGGAUCAGGAGCAUCUGCGCUUGAUGCUUCGCACAAAGCUAAAAACCUACCAUGAUGUGAUUCCGAUUUCCUGUCUUACCGAGUUCCCCAAUGUGGUUCAGAUGUCCAAGCUUGUUUGUGAAGAAGUAAAUGUGGAUAGGUUUUAUCCUGUCCUCUACCCAAAGGCAUCAAGGCUCAUUGUCACCUUUGAUGAGCAUGUGAUCAGCAACAACUUCAAGUUUGGAGUUAUUUAUCAAAAGUUUGGCCAGACAUCAGAGGAGGAGCUGUUUGGGAACAUGGAAGAAAGUCCUGCCUUUGUUGAGUUAUUGGAGUUUCUGGGCCACAAGAUUGAGCUUCAUGACUUUAAAGGGUUUCGGGGUGGGCUGGAUGUCACUCAUGGGCAGACGGGGACAGAAUCCAUCUACACAAGUUUCCAUAAUAAGGAGAUUAUGUUCCAUGUGUCCACCAAGCUGCCCUACACAGAGGGAGACUCACAGCAGCUGCAGAGGAAGAGGCACAUAGGGAACGACAUUGUUGCCAUCGUGUUCCAGGAGGAGAACACUCCCUUUGUACCAGACAUGAUCCAGUCCAACUUCCUGCAUGCGUAUGUGGUGGUGCAGGUGGAGAAUGCAUGUACGGACAAUGUCACUUACAAGGUGUCUGUGACAGCGCGGGAUGAUGUACCUUUCUUUGGGCCUGCUCUGCCUGACCCUGCCAUCUUCAAAAAGGGCCCUGAGUUCCGUGAGUUCCUCUUCACCAAGCUCAUCAAUGCAGAGUAUGCCUGCUACAAGGCUGAGAAGUUUGCCAAGCUUGAGGAGCGUACACGUUCAGCCCUCUUGGAGACUCUGUAUGAGGAGCUGCACAUAAACAGCCAGUCCAUGAUGGGUCUGGGUGGAGACGACGAUAAGCUGGAGAACGGGGGCGGGGGUGGAGGAGGAGGCUUCUUUGAAUCCUUUAAGCGGGUCAUCCGCAGCAGAAGCCAGUCUAUGGACGCCAUGGGCCUCAGUAACAAGAAGUCACACACAGUCUCCACUAGUCACAGUGGCAGCUUUACCCAUAAUCCCGCAGAGAGCCCCAAAACCCCUGGGAUUUCAUUGCUUGUUCCAGGGAAAAGUCCCAGUAAAUAUGGACGGCGAGGCAGUGCCAUAGGGAUAGGAACAAUAGAAGAGUCACUGAUCAUUCCUGGGAAAAGCCCAACCAGGAAAAAGUCUGGGCCAUUCAGUUCCCGUCGCAGCAGCGCCAUUGGCAUUGAGAACAUCCAGGAGGUCCAAGAGAGGAGUCGGGAGGUGUCACCCAGCACCCAGAGGACACCGGACACUAGCCACUUUUCAAUGGAAAACAAAUCAGACAACUCCUCCAAUCACAGUUCUCCAGAAUUUCCUACUACUAAGAACAGGUGACUAUUAUUUUAAUUAAUUAUAUAAUUGUAUAGUAUAUUAUGUUCGCACACAUUGAGAAGUUUGUGAUAUUUGAUCCUGUGGGGUGGGUGGAUAGGGAAUGCAUUUAUAUAGACUGGAACAGCAACGCUAUUACAUGGACAAUUACCCUCACUGUCAUAGUCAUAAGCCUCUAACCAUUUUAAAGAAACAAGCCACCGAAUUCACUCGACCCUUUUAACAAUAUCCAUUUUGGUUAUUGCUGGUCCAAUGACAUAGGUUGUGAAUUCUGCUGGAGGCACCUGCAUGACAUAAUUAAUGCAGCUGGACAAGAAACAGCAGAAUACAUUUUGACAGGGAUGUUGUGAUAUCCAGAUUAUUAAUAUCUUUGCAGUCUAAGGCACAAAUACACAUUAAAAUUUGAGGAAAUUAUAUACAUGCAUGGACUAAUAAGAGACGAGAUAUCUUGUGGAAUUUUCACAAUAGUAUUGGCAUGAUAUAGCUUGAAUAGUGUUUUACCGGGCCAAAAAGGCUGCACGUUAAGUUUUGGUAUGUAUUACCAUUUGUUAGAUAGAGCUAAUUUAGAGGGUUGCACCUACUCCAACACAGACUAAAAGAUUACAUUACUUGGCACUGCUGUCACUCUGCUUGAAUAUGCUACCUGAAGUGCUGUGAAAUGAUGAUGAAUUACUUAGAGGUUUGGAUGGAAAAGUUAUAAAUAGAAAAAAAGUAUUUUGAUUGUGCUUCCUAAAAAAUUUCAGUGUAUGGAAAAC